AUGGAUCUUCCAAUCCCGCAGCACUUUCUCCUGCCUGCGGUUACAGCUUGUUGCCAGAACUUCAGUAACACGGAGACGCUGGAUUUCUUUGUUAUUCAUUCAUGCUCUGCGGCUUUUUCUUCAUUCAUUUAAAUGUAUUUUGCAAAGCAUCACGCUGAGGCACACAUCCGAUGUUUUGUAUUCUUCCGAGUCCAUCUGUCUUGAUUUAGGUUGCUUAUUUAUUUAUUUUUUUUGUGGACCGUCAGAGAGCAGUGAUCCAUCAGCCGACGUUAAGACCUUUGGGCUUUACGGAUAAGGUUCUUAUUUAUAAACAGUUAUAUAACCAAGUAAAUAGGCCUAUAGGCGUUUUGCGCGCACGUCGUUCCUGAAUGUUAGACUUCGUAUAAUCUAUAAUCUAUAUUCUGUUGUAGCAAGCCAUUUUCUGUCCGUGUUCAUGCCAGAUCUGCAGCGCUUCAGUUUUCCCUACCAUAGCAUGAAUCCUUUGUUGGGGGCCAACACGCAUCUCCAACAGCACCCACAGCAGAACCAGACGCCCGGACACCCGGACUCUCCCUCAGGCCUCCUUCCCGACGCUGUUUUCAGUGGACCGGACCCGGCGUCUUAUCUGCUAGGUGAGCAGCCCGGCCCGGGGCCUGAUCAGUCGGGGCCUGACUUCACCGCAGCCUCACAGUCUUCACCUUACCUCCACUAUCAACACCGCCCUGUGCCGCAUCCCCCUGCAGCGAUGGCUCUCAGAAACGACCUGGGGUCCAACAUCAGCGUCCUCAAAACUCUCAACCUGCGGUUCAGAUGCUUUUUGGCCAAAGUGCAUGAAUUAGAGCGUAGAAAUAAGAUUUUGGAGAAGCAGCUGCAGCAGGCGCUGGAUGCCAACAAGGGCUGUCAAGGUGGAUGCUGUGAGAACCAGGCGCACACCCAAGAGGCAAGUGUGCAGACCGGUUUCGUCGGAACAAUACAGCUUAGGCCCGGCUCCCUCCCCUUUCACAAUACCAACAACUCAGCCAGGAGGCCUACGACCCUGUUCGCAACGCCACUCACGACAUCCCUGCCACCUGCAGCCACUGAAAACUCGAGUUCAACCCAAACAAAUGUCGCCUGUAACCCAACCAUCACCAUCAGCCAGUCAUCUCCCUGUGUGGAUUCCCCAGGAUCUGGCUCUAAAACGGGAGGCAACAACAGCACAGGCCCGGGAGCCUCCACCAACCCUCCUCCACGGUUCCUUCCGGGCACAAUCUGGUCCUACAACCACACCCGCAAAUUCGGUCCGGGUGCCGAGCGUCUGGCCAGCCCAGGAGUAUCCUGGAUGCACCCGGAUGGAGUUGGUGUCCAAAUUGACACCAUCACCCCUGAGAUAAGAGCCCUGUAUAAUGUCCUGGCUAAAGUGAAGAGGGAGAGAGAUGAGUAUAAACGCAGAUGGGAAGGGGAAUACACUAUGAGGAUGGAUCUGGAACAGAAGAUUGCAGACUUACAGGAGGACCUGCAGGAGAGUGAAGGCUGCCAGGAUGAGCUGGCUCUCAGAGUUCAGCAGCUGAAGGCAGAGCUGGUUCUCUUCAAAGGGCUCAUGAGCAAUAAUUUGUCAGAGUUAGACAGUAAAAUCCAGGAGAAAGCAAUGAAGGUGGACAUGGACAUCUGCCGCAGGAUUGACAUUACUGCUCGUUUGUGUGAUGUAGCCCAGCAGAGGAACUGUGAAGACGUCAUCCAAAUGUACCAGGUUCCUAAUAACCAACCAUCUCUAAACUGCCGGCGUAAACAGACUCCUCUGUCCUUUAAUGGGAGUGAGUGUGACGAGCCCGUCAGCACCUCUGAAAGCGACGCGGGCGUGGUUAAGGAUGAAGAGCAUUGUGGCUCUGCUGCCAGUCAGAUCAAUGAGGAGAUGCAGCGGAUGCUGAACCAGCUGCGUGAGUGUGAGUUUGAGGAUGACUGUGACAGCCUGGCCUGGGAGGAGACUGAAGAGACACUGCUGCUUUGGGAGGAUUUUCCAGGGUGCACUCUGCCUCCAGAUCCCACCCACCCACCAGGAGAGCAGGAGGACUGUCUGGAAAAAGUGAUUAAUGACACAGAAUGUCUUUUCAAGUCUCGAGAGAAGGAAUACCAAGAGACCAUCGACCAAAUUGAGUUGGAACUGGCCACAGCUAAGAGCGACAUGAAUCGACACCUGCACGAGUACAUGGAGAUGUGCUCGAUGAAGAGAGGCCUGGAUGUUCAGAUGGAGACCUGCAGGAGACUCAUCACACAGAGUGGAGACAGUACCACUGCUGUACCUCCACCCGCUGAGGAGAGCGACCAGAGAGAAAACGACAAGUCAUCAGGAUCUCCACCUUCUUCCUCGAGCAGUGGGAGAACAUGACACACGCUCUCUCCGGCAUUAACUGUGGCUGUGGUCACGUGACCGCCACCGCAUCCAGUACCACACCAACGCGAUAUGCGCAUCAGACAAUGGCACCACCAUGUUUACGCAUUUAUUUAACGAGUGGUUUCUUUUUCUGGACACAAAUAAGUCGAAGGGAGCUUUGAAAAGGGAGAUGAAACUGAUGAAGUGAGGAGGUCUGUCAUCAUGCUUCAGACAGAAGCAGCUGAAAAAGUGAAUUUUGAGAUGGAUUAUGCUGUGAAGAUUCAGUAGGUUGAAGGACUCUCAACUGACUCUAAGUGAGGUUACAGGAAAGCAUAGCAUGACUUAUUCAUAAUACGCAAACCAACACACAAUAAAACAAGGAUAGUGUAAGCAUCUUAAACUAAUCUAUGUUCUGCUUUUCCCAAUAUUCACUUUACCAAGUGGGAAAGCAGAAAAACCCAAUCAUUAUGUGUAUUUGUUCUGGAGCAACAGUGGUGAGUCUUUGACUACCAACAUCCCUCCUUCUUCCUUCCAAUAAAGUUGUCAUAUUGAGGUUUAAAAUUUGGUAACACGCGAGGGCACUGACAGAA